GCGAACAGCACAAUGGUGGCACAGUGGGCGGCGACGAAGCCAAGCAGGAGCGAUGAGGUGUUGGAUGCCGAUGAACGACAGAGGAUCGCUAAUCAGAUCAGAGAGCAGUUCGAUUCCUUGGCCCCCAAGCGACCCGUUAAACCCAAUCGAAGCGAACCGGACCCUGACGCUCAGCUCCGUCACUCCUCCACCGUCAUCUCUCAGAACAUUCCCGAGCUUCUCAAGUUUCAAUCUUUUCAAUCUCAACCUCACGCUGUGUUCUCCGAUGAGGGACCCAAGGAUGCGCCGGACGAGUUUGUAGAGACCCGGUACUACGAAAAGCUUACCUCUAUCGACAAACAGCACCACACGACAGGAAGUGGGUUUAUAAAGGUUGAGAGGAUGGGAGGUGAUGAUCUUAAAUUCCAGAACACCCAGAUUAUUAAUGGUGGUGAAACGAAGUUGCCUGCAUAUAAAAGUAACCCGGCCACAAACGACUGGAUUCCCAACAUUGAUGAACAUCAGGUAUUUGUGUCAACGAAGCCGAAUCGGAGCGACAGUUCUUAGGAGGGAUUCAGUUUGGUGGUUCUGGUUUUCCGGCCCCGAUCAUGUGUUAGGUGUGAUUUUGGGGGUGAAGCUUUAAAAUAAAACCUGUAUUAGGUAAUUCAUAUUUGGGUUUGGACUAUUAGGAAUGGGAAAGAAGAACCAGAAUAAACAAAUCUCUUGAAGGCUACUUUGUUCUUAUCCAUUGUGGCUGUUAUGAAUGAUUAAUUAUUAUAAAUAUACGAGUGAACUAUGCAAUUACCAAUGU